AUGAAGGUAGCUGUUAUAGGCUCAGGUUUAGCCGGAUUGACCACAGCUUAUCUACUCCGUCAACAAGGUAUAGAAGUUUGGUUGAUUGAAAAAUCAUCAAAGUUAGGAUUCCACUCAGAGUCUGUAUCCAUACCGUUAGACAGCUUAAAGGAUGAAGUGGAAAAAUACUCGCGUAGAGGUAAAGGGACGAAUGAAAAGGAUGUCGACGGUCACAAAGAGAAGUGGAUAGUGGACGUUCCCAUGAGAGGGUUUCAAGGAGGCUAUUAUCCACUACUCCUGUCACUAUACCAUCAUCUGGGAAUACCGUUAGCUUCAACAAAUUAUACAUUCUCAUUCUCUUCUAAUACAUCUACAUACUUUAUACAUUCAGGUUCAUCGGGAUGGUCAAUACCUUCACUACCUUCAAUAGCAUUCACAAAUCUCUUUACUCUUCUUCGAGAUAUAACGACAUUUCUCGGAGUGGCUUUUUGUUACCUGCUCCUAGUAACAUUAAGUUUCAUGGCAUGGCAUGAUAUCCUUCCUUCAUGUGUCUCAUCGCCUGAUUCAACCUUGAGAGAAUUCACCACUCAAUUAUCGAUAUUUCUCAGUAAACCUUUAACAAUACCUAUAAUAGAUUAUACACCUUGGACACCUCUGGGAGAUACAUUCGAAUUCUUUAUAGGUAAAAUUGUCCUACCACUCUUUUCAGCUGUGGGGACAAUGACAAGUGCGGAUGUUUGGUCAAUGCCCGUUAGGAUAAUGUUAGAAUAUAUACAUACCACUUUGGGGACGAAUCAUUAUCAUCUAUCACGAGGUUUCAGUGCAGCAGAUGUGGCUAAUCUCCUGAUCAAGCCUGUUGAGAGCCAAGGUCAGGAAUACGUAAAACUUGGGACGGAAAUUAUAGGGUUGACGUAUAACCUCAAUGGAGGCGUUAGUGUUGGUAUGAGGAACGGAGAUAACGAGCCAGAGAGAGUUGAAAUCAUAGUGGAUAAAGUGAUACUAGCGACCCAAGCUAGUGUAGCGAAGAAGUUGUUGGAAGGAUUGGAAGAAAGCUUGAAAUUUGCCAGGGAGGAGAAAGAAAAAAGGAGAGUGGGAGAGAUGAGAGCUGCACUAGGCAAAGUGUCAUACAGAGAAACCAUUGUAGUGACACAUCGAGAUACAUCGAUCCUGCCUUCACCCCGGGAUAGAAGAGAUUUGAACUUUUUCUCUCCUUCUUCAUCUUCCUCUUCACAACACAUCCAACCCUCCGAUGAUCUUAUCCCUUAUUUCCCUCCUACUGGGGAUAGGCUAUAUACUCAGACUACGCAGAUUAUCCGUCCUCCGAAACGCAAAUGGAGGCGAAGAAGUUCGUGUAUGAUAUUACAAACUACCAAUCCUGUUGUACCUAUUGAUCCAAGGAGAGUCCUCAGUGUAUCGAAACUAGAACGAGCAUUACCCCUUAGACAACCAAAUCAAAUUCUUCCUUACCUCCGCAAUCCUUCCCCUUCGGCUUGCGUUUAUAUAGUAGGAUCAUACGCUUAUCCUGGAAUACCAUUAUUGGAAGGAUGUGUGGGAAGUGCCAAAUUAGCCGUUGAACGUAUCCUAGCCAACGAUCCGGCUCACAUGUCGAAAAUAAGCGGGAUUGAUUGGGAUCAUGGUAGAGGAAAUUGGGUUGCCAGAGCAUGGAGAUGGCGAUGGCAUAAGUCUAUAUGGGGUUGA